UGUGCUGUUUUUUUGCAGGUUAAGUUUGGGGAAACACUUCGACGCUUUAGUGCACUUGUUCAUGACAAGGAACUUGCUCUUGAUGUUGUCAUGUUGAGGGCGAAGAUCCGCAAUCUAUUUGGCUUUGAUUCUGAUGUUGAUUUCACUCUCACUUAUGUUGAUGAAGAUGGCGACGAGGUUACUCUUGCUGAUGAUGAUGAUAUCCAUGAUGUUGUGCGCCAGUCUCUGAAUCCGUUGAGGAUAACUGUGAAGUUAAACAAUGGCAAGUCUGAUGAACCAAGUGGGACUUCUACUCCCCUGAGAUCCUUGAAUUCUGGUGUCUCUGAAAUUCUGAAAUCUGURCCUGAGCCCUUUCGCKAUGUGCUUGCUAAACUKCCCCUAGAUUUGGCAUCUAAAGCAUCAUCUUCUGCUCCCGGGAUUGCUGAGCUUGUGGAAAAGCUCACAAAAACAUACUUGAAUCAGCUUUCUGACCCUAUUGCUAGCCCAAAGGCMCCCACCCCUGGCGAWGGUUCAGCAACCGUUAAUGGCSAAAAGGRUAAGAAUUCUGAAUCAUCGAACGUUAAUGGUCGAAAGGGUAAGACUUCUGGACCAUCAGUUGUGACGGACAGUAAGGUUCCAGUGGACCCUGAACUUAUAAAAUCCAAAUCGAAGAAGAAAGAAGAGCAGGUUCAAAAGGUGAAUGAAGGUGUGAAGUUCAAAGAUGUUCAGCCCCCAAGAGCGGUUGAUCUUAAUGUUCCUUACUUUGAUUAUGAAGCUUUUCAGACYCCAUUUAWUACCAACAAGGGUGUGGAAGGGUCUAAUGGCCGAACUUAUUCCCAAGUUGUAUCUGAUCUUCCUUCCAUGAAAAUCAAAGACACCACUGAUGGUAGCUCUGAAAAGAAGAAUGCUGGUUUUGCUGCACCCUGUCUUGAUUAUCUGAAGCAAUAUAUUCAGGAUCAUAACGUGACUGAGAUGGGUGGUCUGUCAUCAGCUGACAUCCCAAAAGCUACUGAUGAUUCUGGCAGUUCGUCGGGCUGGGCUCAGGGCAUGUUGAAUGCAACUAAUCAAUGCCCAUUUUCAGGAAUGCCAUUACCAAACGACCUUAGUUUGCAUGCUUAUCAACCUUCUCGCGGUCCUUGGAGGAGAAGCUAUAACCAUGGUAAUGGCAUAGGCAAUAUAUUUCACAGGGGUGUUCGUUGCGAUGGUUGUGGUGUUCAUCCGAUAACUGGGCCUCGGUUCAAGUCCAAAGUGAAAGAAGAUUAUGAUCUGUGCAGCGUUUGCUUUGCUGGAAUGGGUAAUGUUGCUGACUACAUCAGACUGGAUCGCCCUGCAAAUCUUGUAAGGCAUCAUAUGCCUUUCAAGGGGUUUCAUGAUCCGUCUCUUCGGAUUCCACCUCCAACUCUGCCUCAUGCUUUGAGAGCUCCUGGGACAAAGCUUCCUCGGUCUAAGCUUGAUAGCCGCUUCAUUCUUGAUGUUAAUGUUUUUGAUGGUACCCUCAUGGCUCCAUUCACUGCAUUCACCAAGAUUUGGAGGAUGAGGAAUAAUG